ACCUUCACAGAGGGAGAACAUAUGUUGAGGCCGGAGAGAGCCGGCUGGGAUGAGUUUGGCUGCGGGGCUGCUCUUUGUGUAUUUUCAUCCCUCCCAUCAAAGUGGUGGAGUGUGAGCCAUUUUUGCGUGUGUGAAGUGUAGAUGUGGAAAGCCGGGCGAUUGAAGCCGUCGUGUCGAAAUGGGUGCUCGUCUCGCCGUGUGGUUUCAUCUCCUGGCCCUCCUCCAGCCUCCGGCCGGCGCUUCCAUGGACUCCUGCUACGACGACGGGACGGCCGCCCCUAGCCGCUGCUUGCCCAAGUUUGAGAACGUGGCCUUCAAUCGCAGCGUGGUGGUGUCCAACCAGUGCGGAAUCACGCCCGAGGACUACUGCAUGCAGAUGGGCUCGGCGGCGCGCUCGUGCCACCGCUGCGACGCUUCGGUUCCGGAUUUCAGCCACAGCGCCGCCCUGCUGACCGACUUCCACCGGAACGACGAACCCACGUGGUGGCAGAGUCAGUCCAUGUACUAUGGUGUCCAGCACCCAAAUUCCAUCAACCUCACCCUCCAUCUGGGGAAGGCCUUCGAGAUAACCUACGUCCGCCUGAAAUUCUACACCAGCCGGCCGGAGAGCUUCGCCAUCUACAAGCGCACCGAGGCGGGGGGACCCUGGCUGCCCUAUCAGUUCUACAGCGCCUCGUGCAGGGAGACCUACGGCAAGGCCGCCAACGGUUUCCUGCGGCUGGGCGACGACGAGAGGACGGCCCUGUGCACGGACGAGUUCAGCGACAUCGCCCCGCUCACCGGCGGGAACGUGGCCUUCUCCACCCUGGAGGGACGACCCGGCGCCUACAACUUCGACCAGAGUCUCGUAUUGCAGGAAUGGGUGACAGCGACCGACUUGCUCAUCUCGUUGGACAGGCUCAACACUUUUGGUGACGAGGUCUUCAAGGACGCCAAAGUGUUGCGCUCCUAUUUCUACGCCGUCUCGGAUUUCUCCGUGGGCGGCAGAUGCAAGUGCAACGGCCACGCCAGCGAGUGCGUGUGGGCCGAACCUACAAGCGAUGACCAAGACGGACGUCUGGUCUGCGCCUGCCAGCAUCACACAGCCGGAGACGACUGCCAGAUAUGUCAGCCCUUCUACCGGGACAGGCCAUGGGCGAGGGCCACGGGGGAGUCGGCCAAUGAGUGCUUGCGGUGCAAGUGCAGCGGGCGCUCAGAGCGCUGCGUCUUUGACGUGGAGCAGUACCGCAGCACGGGCAGCGGGGGGCGCUGUUUGGCGUGCCGGGACGACACGGACGGCGCUCACUGCGAGCGCUGCCGGGAGAACCACUACCGGGCGUCGCCUGAGCAACCUUGCCUGCCCUGCAACUGCAACGCCAACGGUUCGGCGAGUCUGCAGUGCGAUGGCGAGGGACGAUGCGCGUGCGGCGGCCGAGGCGUGACGGGCGACAAGUGCGACGCGUGCCGCCCGGGAUUCCACUCGCUCGGCCCCGGUGGCUGCAGGCCGUGCGAGUGCGCUCCCGCUGGCAGCGCGGGGGACUGCGCGCCGCUGGACGGCGCCUGCCGCUGCAAGGCCAACGUUGAGGGGGGAGGCUGCGGCAGAUGCAAGCCAGGCUUCUUCAACCUGCAAGAAAACAACCCGGCCGGCUGCCAGCCGUGUUUCUGCUUCGGGCACUCGCUGGCGUGUUCCUCAUCUGCUCGCUUUGUGGCCGUCAACAUUACUUCGGAUUUUAUGGAAGAUCAGGACGGUUGGCUGGGCGAAUUCUCCGGGGGUCAGCUGGACCCCCUGCUGUGGAAGGAAGGCGAAGUCUAUUUGCUGCCUCUCUCAGAGGACGAGCUCGGCUACUACAGAGCCCCGGACAAAUUUACGGGUGACCAGAGCCACAGCUACGGCCAGCUCCUCUCCGUCACCUUCACCUCGGAGAGCCCGGAACUGCUUCCCGAGCGCGUCGCCGCCAUGCUCGACGGCGACGGAAUCACGCUCGGCGCCGAACUCACGCCCGGCCGUGCCCAACAGGGCGACCCUACCCUCUCGCCGCAACAAACCUUUUUCCUCAGGCUUGAUGAAAGCCAGAUGACGCCAAAGCUGUCCGUCGUGGAGUUUCGCCGGCUCCUGCGCAACGUGACGGCGCUACGCAUCAUCAAUGCCGGAGGACUCAAUUACACAUCCCAGCUCUCGGCGGUCCAUCUGGCCUCAGCAUCCGCUGGCGAGACGGCGCCCCCUGCCCCCUGGGUGGAAAGCUGCACCUGUCCCAUCGGGUUCGUCGGCCAGUUCUGCGAGCGAUGCGCGCCCGGAUUCACACGGGAGGUCCCAAACGGCGGCCGCUUCUCCACGUGUGUCCCCUGCGACUGCCAUCAGCACGGAACUUGCCACCCUGAGACAGGUGAGUGUGAGUGCUCAGACUUCACCGGCGGGCUGACCUGCGAGCGCUGCCUGCACGGUUACUACGGCAACGCUUUGAUUGGCACGCCGGGCGACUGCCAGCCCUGCCCUUGCCCCGGCGGAAGCGGCUGCGUGCAGCUGCCAGAGUCGGACCAGGUGCUGUGCACCGACUGCCCCGCCGGACAAACAGGUUCUCGCUGCCAGAUGUGCGAUGACGGUUACUACGGCGACCCGCUGGGGCGUUCGGGGACGGCACGGGAGUGCGUCAGAUGCGACUGCAGCGGUAACGUGGACCCCAACGCGGUGGGCUUGUGCGACCGCCUGACCGGCCGUUGCCUCAAGUGCGCAGGCAACACCGAGGGCGAGCGUUGCCAGAGCUGUCGCCGAGGUUACUACGGCGACGCUCGCAGCGACGCGCCCGGACUGAAGUGCAAGCCGUGCAGCUGCAACCCCGCAGGAACCUCGGGCCACGCGACGGAGUGUCACCCCGAGACGGGAAGUUGCAAGUGCCUGGAACAUGUGGCCGGGCGGGACUGCGGCCACUGCCAGGAAGGCUUUUUCAACCUCCGGCACGGCGUAGGUUGCGAGAGGUGCUCGUGUCACCCUAUCGGUUCAUCGUCCGUUGCCUGCCACCCGGUCACGGGGCAGUGCUCGUGCAGAGGCGGCGUGGAGGGACGGCUGUGCGACGCAUGUCGACCGGGCUUCUUUGGAUUCUCGUCACGAGGAUGCCGAGCCUGCGACUGCGACCCGAUGGGUUCCGUCUCCAUGCGCUGUCACGCCAACGGCACGUGUUCGUGUCGGCCCGGCUUCACCGGCUCCAAGUGUGCCAAAUGCCGGCCCAACCACUUCCUACACCGAGGCACGCACCAGUGCCAGGAGUGUCCCGCCUGCUACGGACUGGUGCAGCAGCAGGCGGAGAAGCUGAGGACACGCCUGCAGUACGCCGAAAAGCUCCUGGCCGGUUUGGAUUGCCGAAGCCGAUUCAGCAAGCGGCGCCCCCUGCUGGGAUUUCCCACCGACGCCACUCACGAGAACCAGCGGGACGGGCCAACGUUACCCAACGCGCUGGAGGAAUUUUUGGCUUUCCAAGAGGCUCAAGAGGCCUUCGUACGACAAUUCUCCUCGCUGGAGGCGUCCGCGGGCGCUCUGGCGACUCGCCUGCACGACGUGUCGGCCGCUUCCAACUGCAGCAACGGGUCCAAAGGAGAAGGAGGGGCGUGUCGGACGUUAGCCGGGAUCGCACUGAUGGUCGGCGAGGCCCAGACGCAACUAAAGCGGGCCACAAAGGACCUGGACCUCAUGGUCAUUCCUUUUGAGAUUGAUUCGGGAUCGAAUCAAUGGAAGAUGAUGGUGAACGAGUCUCAAGCCCUCAAGACAAGCCACGAAGACGCCGCCGAGCAAAUGGAGGUCGUGGCCGGCAGGGCGCUCAACACUUCAAAGCGUGCCAUCGCCUUACUGACGGAGUUCUUGGAGGACAACUCCACCGACGAGUACGUCGAGGACCUGACGCGACGAAUGACCCGGAUGCGGCAGCAGCGGCAAAAUCUGACCGCCUGGGCGAACCAAAGCGUUGCCGAUGACGAGGCCCAACAGAAGGACGUCGUCGGGCUGCGGCUCGCCCUGCGUAACGUCACGUCGCAGCUCAGCCGCUCAAACGCCAGUCGAGCGGUCGCCGAGCGCGCCGGCUCGUUGUCGGAAAAGACUCAAGAACUGGAUCAAAGCAUCGGCUCCAAAGACGACCUCAUCGGCGAGAUGGCCAACGACACUCGCAACCUGGCGGCGGCCGUCAACGCUAAGCGGGAAAUUCUAAAGGACGCAGUCGAGCUGCAAGGGCGAGCUCAGUGGGCCAAAAUGGUUGCCUUGGCUUCAGUGGUGGCGGGAAAAGGGGCGGAGUCAGAAGAAAUCAGCCUGCACCGGGAUCUUGAAAACAUGGUGCGCGAAUGGCCUCGUCUGCAGACUCAGACUCGGGCUGCUAUGAAGAAGAAGAAGCCCCUGGAGGGUAAAGUUCUGGCCAGUGUCACCAAACUGGUCUCGGAGAUCCGAGAGACCCUUCAGCCUGCGCGGGAAAACUCCCGCCUUGCCAAAAACGUUUCUCAGGAAGCGGAGCGUACCGCCGACACCGUGGCUGAGGAAUCGAAAGGCCUCCUGACGCAAGCCAAGCACACCAGGACGGCCUUCGCCCAUCUCGGCUCCCAGGUGGAAUCCGCCUUAGAAAGUCUGGACGCGCAGACGUCGCGAGCUGAGAGCGCAAAGGUUCACGUGCCGUCCGAGUCAGCGCCCCCUCUGGCCGACGUGAGGAAGGACAUGGAGGCGGCCAAGAUGCAGUUGGAGGCCUACUCGCACACCCUCACCCAGCUCAUUGACAAAAUUGACGCCAGCGUGCCUCUGGAGCGUUUCCAGCGCAUCCUGAACGAGACGGCGCGGCGCCUGAGCACGCUGCGCGGCAGCGUGGAGGGUCCCCCGCUGGGCGCCAAGAUCGGAACCCUGCGCGCGGCGGCAGAGGGCCAGCGCAGCCGCCUGGCGCUCCUGGAACAGGAAGUGCAAGAGAUGGUCCGGGAGAGAGACAGUCUGAGGGACAUCGCACUCCACUUGCCGCCUUCCUGUGCUGAGGCCGGCGGCAAGCGCCGCGGCUAACCACGGGAACGGGACUAAAGGAUACGCCGGUACUUUGACCUCAGAGUGACCCGACUCGGAAGAGCGAUGUCAUUCUUUUGUGCAUUGUGUUGCGAUGAGAACACUCAAAUGGAGCUGCUGCUGUAGGCCACAACUCGCACCCAGACGCUCACAUUGAAAGAACCGGCUGACUCAACCAUAGCUACUGAUGUCAUGCACUAGGCCACGCCCUUUCAAAAGCACACAUCAAAACACGCAAAUACUUCAGCAUGUACAGUAUUUACACUGUAGAACAGCAGUUUAUUUCUUUCCAAUGUCUUUGAUUAUGUUUUAUACAACGCAGUGCUAUUUUCUUAUACUAUUUUCUUAUAACAUAUAACAUAAAAAACAUUUUAAAAUACAACAAAAAAGAAUUUUGGGGGGGUCUGA